AUGGUCGCUGCCGCGGAUCCUGGCUGGCGCGAUUGCCCCAGGGCCAAGUGCACCAGCGAUCUCCCAGCGCUCGCGGAUCUGCGCAAGACGCACGCGCUCAGCAUCAUCCGCUACCAGGCGCAGAGCGAUGUCGAGGAGCCGGUGCGCCUUAACAGGGCUUUCUUGGUCGACUUGGCGGCCCUGACGCCGCGAGUGCCUGCGCCGCCCCUCGCCAAGGCCGCCAAGGACCACUCGCCUGAGCUGUCGAAGCCCGAGCGGGCGAGUUGGGCGAACGCCGCGAAGCAGGCGAUGCAGCACUGCUACAAGCAUAAGGACGUCAAGAAGCUGGCUCCCGCGACUGCCGCCGUCGCCCGCGCGCUGCAGCAACGCGGCCGCGAGGGGGCGCCGACUCUGCCGAUUGAUGCUCGGCCCAAGCCGUCGGCGGCCCCCGCCGGCAGCCCGCGCGGGCCCGCGCUGCGCAGCCCCCCGAGCGCGAGCGAAAUCGCGGCAGUGCGCGGGCACAGCGGCACCCCGCGCGCGCCGACCAAGAGGGCGUCGGCUGCCCUGGGCAGCCCGGGCCAGAAUUCGAGCGCAGCCCCGACUACGACGAGGAGGAGGUUGACGCGGAAGCAAUCGCUCGUGGACUUGCCGACGGCCCCCGCGGCCGAGAAGCCCGCGCCGAAGCGCGCUAGCGUCCGCGAGGUGGACUGCAACCGAAUCGCACUCAAGAAGACCGACGACAGCGCGGAGCUCAGGGAGUUCGACUUGAAAGGGGCGCGCGUGGCCAUCCUCGCCGACGGCGCGACGUGGACGUCGGAGAUCACCGGCGCCGACUCCGCAGCGCGGAUGAACCCGCCCGUGAAUGAAAAGCCGGCCAUUACGAAAACGAGCGGGAACAAUGAGAAGCCUGCAGCGGCGACUGGCGCCUGGCGCGUCGAUGGCGAGGACCUGACCAUGGGCGCAGACGAGGACAACGACGCCAAGCGCGAGCUCACGCGGGCCAUGAAGGGCAUGCCCCCGAAGCCCGCAGCCGCCAAGGCGAAGCCCGCGGCCGCCGAGCUUAAGGCGAAGCCCGCGGCCGCCGAGCUUCCGAAGGCGAAGCCCGCGGCCGCCGACCCCGGCAAUUUGACAGACGAGAAAG